UCCCAUUCAGAAACAUCAAAUGACAGCAUAGCCCUUCCUUCCCAACAAUGAAUUCCCUUAAACAUAUGGACAAACUAGGAAGAUUUUCGUGACCUAUCCACCUACCCAAUUGGAUUAGCCCGUCUAUAAAUAAUUACAGCUCGAUCUCCCCACCACUCACAAUAGAUAGAAAAAUGGCCUACGCCUGGCUCAUAGUCAUCGUGGCUCUAGCCAAUGUAGCCAUACCUCACAUCUCAGCGCAAGGGGCUGCACCGUCACUGCCUACCGCAGCCAAGGAGUUCCUCGAAGGACACAACCAGGCAAGGGAAGCAGUUGGGGUUGGUCCGCUCAAGUGGAGCGAGGGGCUAGCCAACGCCACAAGCCGACUAGUCCGGUACCAGAGAAACAAUAUGGGAUGCCAGUUCGCCAACUUGAGCAACAGCAAGUACGGUGGAAACCAGUUGUGGGCGAGCGGCGGGCAGGGCGUGACACCACGCGUGGCCGUCGAUGCAUGGGUGAAAGAGAAGGAAUACUAUAACCACACCGACAACUCGUGCCUGCCGAACCGCACGUGCGGCGUCUAUACUCAGGUCGUGUGGAGGAAGUCUCUGGAUUUGGGGUGUGCUCAAGCUACAUGUGCGAAGGAGAGCGCCAGUCUAACCAUAUGUUUCUAUGAUCCUCCUGGGAAUGUUGUAGGGGAGAGUCCGUACUAGCUUCAGACAGCUUUCUCUUCUUUGUAAUAAUAAUAGGAGCUGGUUGUGGAAGCUUUGAUGACGGCUUAAUGUAAUUUUUUAUUUUUUA